AUGGCUACGGAAAGCUCACCUGCCGUUCCCUCCAAGCAACCGUCGUCGCAGACGUCCUCAAUCCUCGAUCCCUCCAACUUCCCCCAAACACUAUCGUCAGAAACAAUCUACAUCUCUCUAGUCUACGACCCUCUUGACGUCCCAGCCUACCUCCGCUUCACCCGCUCUCCCAAAGCUGGCGCCAAUGUCCUGUUUCUAGGCACUACCCGCGACAACUUCGACUCUCGGCCGGUCUCCCGCCUCUCUUACUCGGCUUAUCCGUCUCUCGCCCUCAAAUCCCUGUAUGCCAUUGCCGAAGAUGUACAGAAGAAACAUGGACUCGAAAAGGUUGUGAUAGUUCAUCGUUUGGGAGAGGUCAAAGUCGAAGAGGAGAGCAUCGCGGUCUCGGUGAGCAGCGGACAUCGUGCCAGUGGUUGGACGGGCGCCGAAGAGAUUCUGGAAAGGGUCAAAGCCAGAGCGGAGAUCUGGAAGAGAGAGUGGUUUGCCGACACGGGCGAGGUGCAGGAAGGCGUGUGGCGCGCGAACAAGGAAACAGAUGCCCAAGGCAACUCCAUCCAAUCCAAGUGA